UCACAUCCCAAACAAAAUGGCGGAAGGGGAGGUGGCAAAGCUACAGAAUCACCUCAGCCUGCUGAGAGAGGAGUAUGUCAAGCUCCAAAACCGCCUGGCGGAGGUUGAGAAAAAAUACCAGAUAGCUGUAGCCGCCUCAGGCCAGGAAGGGGAUGAUAACUUUGUAGCGAGGCUACUGAAAACUGUGUCAGACCUGUUUGAUAAAGAACUUUACAGUGAUUUGAUCAUUAGGCUGGAGGGAUCCAGGAAUUUGAGAGGCCACCGUUUUGUUUUGGCAGCUAGAAGUGAUUGCUGGGGUGUGGAUGACCUUUCACAGGUUACGACCCUUGACCUCUCGGACAUAAAGUAUGAGGUUUCGUAUGCCUUGAUGAGAUGGGCGUACACAGACAGCAUAGACAUAAAAACGGACGAGAUUUUCCUGUUAGAACUCCUGCGGACAGCCACUCGCUUCAAGUUAAAAGUUUUACAGGAAAGGUGUGAAAAUGGAUUGAUGUCUUUUGUGAACAUGAAGAACUGCAUUAGGUUUUACCAAACAGCUGAGGAAAUUCAGGCUGAACUUUUAAAGAAUCACUGCUCAGAGCUUAUUUCAAAUCACUGGAAUGAUUUCACCAGUGAGGACUUUGAACACAUGCCAGCCCCCCUACUGUACCAGAUGUUCAAGACAAAGUCAGAGUACCCCCUCCACACCGCCAUCAGGACCAGGCGAGAGGAUGUCGUCUUUCUGUACUUGAUCGAGUUUGAUGCCCAGCUCCGAGGGAAGUUGGUGGACAAAUUAAAUGAGGUGGAUAACAGGGGUGAUCUGCCCUUGGACCUGGCCUUGAGCAGUCGACAGGAGAGUAUUGCCAUGACACUUGUGAACCAUAAAGUAGAUGUCAAUCGUCGAGAUAAUGCAGGAAAAUGUCUACUCCACAAAGCCAUUAAAAGAGGUGACGAGUUUUCAGCUGCUUUCCUGAUCGAGCACCAUGCAGAUGUAAAUCUCACAACCUAUCUAGACAAGGAAAGCUCUUUCCACAUGGUAGCUAAUUUUAACCCUGAGGUCACAGGGUCAGAGGUCAUGUCAGGGAUGGCUCGACUGGCUCAGAAAAUGAUUGACCACGAUGCUGACCCAAACUUACAAGAUGCUGCAGGAAGUUCCCCUCUUCACUGUGCUGUGUCCUGUAAGAAUGAGCCAGUUUUAAGGAUCCUACUGGAUUGUGGAAGGGUAAACUUUGAACUGAAGAAUUCUGAUGGCCAUACUCCAAUCUGGCUGGCUCUGCAGCAGGGAGAAGAGCUAGGAGGAUCAGUGGAGAAAGUUUAUGGUCCUUCUAGUUUUGCAGCUCAGCUGAUCGCAAAAGGGGCUUCCCCAGACGCAGUGGAACCGGAGUCAGGUGACAGUCUGUUACAUUUAUGUGCCCAAUGUGGGAACUCGAGAGCAGGAAUAUUUUUAGCAAAACAUGCAGCAAAAGUGAAUCUCACAAAUAGUAAGGGAGAAAUUCCGUUACAUUUAGCCUGUUUGAAGGGACUUACUGAACUUGUUGACGUAUUACUAGACAGGGGAGCUAACCCUAACUCACAAACUCACUCUCCCUCUAUUGGUCAUCUUGGUUUGGAAGAGGAGACAACUCCUGUGUCACAACAAACACCGCUUCACCUUGCUCUCGUGAACAGUCACUCCAGUAUUGUGGAGCUCUUUCUUCAACACAAAAUCAAGGCUGCUCAUUGUGAGGAUUCCCUUAAGAUUUUACCAAACUUCAACAUCAAAGAUUCCGAGGGUCAGACUGUGCUGGGUUUGGCUCUCUGGUCAGGACUCCAUAAUGAGGCUGAUCGUCUGCUGGGAGCAGGUGCCAACAUCAAUGAGAAAAAUGCAGAGGGCAUGACACUUCUACAUCAAGCCAUAGAAAAACAGGACACCAAAAGUGCAUUGUUUUUGAUAGAACACCAAGCUGACCUUACAAUCAAAACUAAUGAAUUCGAGACCCCGCUACAACACGCCAUCAGGCGCCACCUGCCGGUAGUGGUAGACAUUCUCAGCAAAAAGGGAGCUAACUUAAAUAUCAAAAACAAGGAAGGGGACUGCCCUCUGUGGCAGGCCUUAGACUCGGGGCAAGAGGAUGUUGCUCAAGUUCUGGUUAAGCAUGGCUGUGAUGUAGAUCUUUGGUCCGAGGGUCCAGGGAAAUGUCAGCAGACUCUACUUCACAGAUCUAUUGAUGAGAACAAUGAGUCCAUUGCCUGCUUUCUCAUCAAAAAUGGCUGUGACAAGAACAGUCCUCGCAGACCAGGGUUAAAUGGAGAGGGAGAGGAUGAAGCAAGGGACGGAUGCUCCCCGCUCCACCUGGCGUGUACCUGGGGUUUGGAACUUGUGGUCCAAUGCCUGAUGGAACAUAAUGCCAAUGUCAAUACCAAGGAUGCUGAAGGGAAGACUCCAAUUCACAUAGCAAUUGAGAACCAGCAUGCUGUGAUUAUCUCCCUUCUCCUGGCCCAUCCGGGCCUAGACCUGACCAUCAGGGAUAGACCAGGGUUAACUCCAUUUGCUGCUGCUAUGACAACCAAAAAUAAUAAAGCUGCCCAGGCUAUCCUGAACCGAGAACCUAAUGCUGCAGAGCAGGUGGAUAACAAAGGUUACAACUUCCUUCACACGGCCAUACAGAAAAGUGACAUUGAGAGUGUGUUGUUCCUAAUGAGUGUCCAGGCCAAUGUCAACUCGCCGACUCAGGACUCAAAGAAACUGAUGCCCCUCCACCUAGCAGUCAUGGCUGGCUCGGAAAUGAUCGUCAGGAACUUGCUGCUGGCUGGUGCAGAUGUAAAUGCCAGAACUAGACAAGAAGAGACGUCGCUACAUUUAGCCGCAGAGAAAGACCAGGCCACGAUCUGCUCAAUCCUACUUGGUAAUAAAGUUGAUUAUGAUGCCGUGGAAGAAAAUCAUAGAAAUGCUCUGCAUGUGGCAACACAGUACAGCAACAUCAACACAGUGAGAGUGUUACUGACAGAAUCUCGGAUCAACGCGGAGGCCGUGAAUGCAAAGGGGCAGACACCACUCCAUAACCUAGGGCAUUAUGGGAAAGAAAAUGCAGCAGCUAUGUUUGAACUUUUUCGGGAAACCAUGCCUGAUUACCCACUAGACAUUCCAGACUCAGAGGGAAAUUCUGGUAAACAAGAGCUUUGUUUUGAUUGGUCCAAACAUUGGUGCAUAAUAGUUACGAUCGUGUGUCAUACAGAUGAAAAUAAAGCACCUUUGAUAUCAUUCCUGCUACUGGCGUACAUGAACGGGAAUGGGAACCUCUGUCGUAGCCUGGUGAGGGCCGGGGCCAGACUAGGAACGAUGAACAAACAGGGCCUCAGCAUCUUCAAUGCUCCAGUAGCUACCAAACAACUCUUGUUCAAAUUACUAGAUAUGUUAUCUUCUGAGCCUCCUUGGUCGGAAGGAGAAAUCUGUCUGGAAUGUGGGGUCAAAUUUGGAAUCAAAACUAGGAAGCAUCAUUGCCGGCACUGUGGGCGAUUGCUGUGUUCUAAAUGUUCUUCUAAAGACAUGCCUAUCAUUAAGUACAACCUACCCAAGCCAGUGCGGGUGUGUGAAAUGUGCUUUGACGUGCUCAGCCUUGGAGGAACGUUUUAAUCACCGCUUUAAUUAGAUUUUCUAAUUGGUAUAUAUUUCAGCUUACUGAUAGACAUUGUACUGUAGCUUUUGACAGUCGCCUGAUGAAAUAAACCCCUCCUGCUUUUGAGAACGUUAUUGUACGUUGCGACAUUAUUUGGCAUUGAUCAGUAAGAUUGUUGUUUGAUAGGUCCAACGCUUGUUCCACAUUUUGUCUUUCUUUUGACACAAGACAUUGUGAUUUUUUUUCUGUCUUCCGUCUAUUUCAACACCAGUUACAAAGGGGUAAUUAAAAUGUACGGGGGACAGUAUUUGUGGAUGUUCCGAAUUUUACUGGUUUAUGGGGAAAUUAUUUCAAGGAUAUGAUAUACAUGUAUGUUCAUUGAAAUAUUAUAUGAAUUAUUACAUUUUAUAAAUUGUGUCAUUUAUUGAAAUUAAAGUUCACAGAAUAAAGAAAUUUCCCCACCCUUCCUUAUAAGGUACAAUGACUUUGAUAUUGGGUACUGUUUAAAUGUACCGUGGGGAAAUGAUGUCACGCUCUACUUUAAAACCGGUUAGUUGUUUGAAAUGACAAAUAUUGUUGUCGUACUAUACAAUAGUAUUGAUCUAGCGCCAUGUCGUAUUUCUACCAUAUACUGCUAAACUAACAACAGGACUUGGCCGGACCUGCACAAACUGUGACGGCCAGAUAAAUCUUUACACUACUUACCCUCCUAUCAAUAGAAGUGGUUACAGUAGCAACUGGCUAAUCUGGGUGUAGUGCAGACUGAAGUGUUGUGUAAACCGUACACAUUAGUUCCAAACUGUGAAUUUAAUCUUUAAUAGAAAAUACUCUGUAUGCUGGAUGUUGUCUAAUCCAAAGAUUUUUAUAAUUUCAAGCAUGUCCAGAUUAGACAAGUUUCACUGUAAUAAUUAGAGAAGUUGGACUGUAAUAAUUGGGGUUAGAUGAAUUUAUGUGAGAUAAGUAUACUCAUUACUUUAUGUGAGAUGAGUUUAUACUUUUGAAUUUGUCAUAUGAGUAUACUCUUAAAUCUAUGUGAGAUGAGUUUACUUAUGACUAUAUGUAAGAUGAGUAUACUCGAAGUUAUUUGAGAUGAGUAAACUCUUGAACUUAUGUGAGAUGAGUUUAGCAUGAAUAAUCAUAAAUUUAUGUCUGAUGAGUAUACUCAUGAAUAUGUGCAAGAUUUGUACUAUAGAAGUACAAUGUACUUGAUUUAAUUGCUAGCUUCCAAUAUGUCCUGCUGAACAAACGUAAAAGUUAGAGUUAUGAAAUUCCAGUGAUAGAGAUUGGGGGGGGGGGGGGGGGGGGGGGGUACCACACAAUUUAUUGUUUGUAGUGUCUUAUCACAUAGGAUGUGCCAUGCAAUGAUUAAUCUUUUUAUUUACUGUUCAAUAUUAGAGAACCACUGUAGAUAUAUAUUUUACAUAAUGAAUAAUUUACAUAAUGAAUAAUUUACAUAAUGAAUAAUUGCACUAGAAAGGACUACUAGAGUAUAGGUAUUAUACAAAUAUUUGUGAAUUUAAUUGACCUAGUGAAAUUGAUCACUUUUAAAACUGUACAGGGUUAGUACAUGCUUAAUUAACGAGUUUACCACUGUACAGGGUUAGUACAUGCUUAAUUAACGAGUUUACCACUUGUGUUCAGAGGGUACAUCUAUGAUUUAUUAAAAGUAAAAAAAAAAAUUGGGAGAAUGUUUUCAAAUGUAAAUGUUACAUGUAAAUUAUGCUGCAUGUAGAUUUGAAUUGUACAUGUGGUAUAUUUCUAAUAAUUCUGAAAUGCAUGUACAAUGCUUUAUUGUGGUGUAGACUGAACGAGGAACAGUGUUUCACGUACGUUUUGCACGAAUGAAUAAAAAUUGCAUAGGAAAUUUUCACAGAAUUGCCAUUCUGUUCAGUGGUGAUCAAUAAAUGAACAAAGUGGUACUAGGUGCAAUACAAUGAACAAACUGGAUGUUGUUUAUUUAUUUACAGGUUAUUGUUAUUGUGUUAUAUUCAUGUAUGCAUUAAAUGUCAUGAUACUCUUA